CACGCCCCUCAGCGACCGUGACCCCAGCGCGCUCCCAGCGCACGUGCCUGCGGCGGAGGAAGAGGAAGGGUCCGGCUGACCCUCUGCGGGCGGCCAGGCGCGGGCGGGCCCAGGGCGCAUGGAGCGCCGCGGGGGCUGCAGCUCAGCAGCGGCGCCGGGAAGCGCGCACGCGGCACCCCUGGGCCCUGCCCCGCCGCUCCCCUUACUCCCUGUCGGGGGGGUUUUGGCCACUGGAGGCCUUUUGGGGCGCAGAGUCCGCUGCGUGACGGCCCGGCGGGUCCCCUGGAGCACUGCGCGGCUCGGACGAUCCGCAGCGAUGGUUUAGCCCUAAGCCGCGGUCUUCGAGCGCCAAAGGGCAGGUAGGCUCCGUUGGCCCGGAGCUGGUUCGCUGGGUGCGGAACUCCAGUUCCCGCCACGGCCUCGCGGGCCAGUCGGUGUGCCACUCUGCACCUUGACGGCCGCAAGCCUCGGGCCGCCAGCCGGCGUGGAGGCAGUUCUGGCGGAGCCCUGCUCCCGGCGGCAGCCGCGGCGCCACCCUGAUGCCCACGGCCCGCGGUGGGCCCGCCUUCGGCCCCGGGGCCUAGACCGCUGCGCGGCCGCCAGCUCCUCCCCAUGCUACUCGGCGGGCCGGGGCUGUGCGCGUCCCAAGCGGCCGCCGCCGCCGCCGCGCAGAGCGAGGGCGACCACGACAGGCCCGGGGAGCUGUGGCGCUGGCAGCGGGCGACGGGCGAGGACAUGGAUGAGUCGUCGCUGCUGGACCUGCUGGAGUGCUCCGUGUGCCUGGAGCGGUUGGACACCACGGCCAAGGUGCUGCCGUGUCAGCACACCUUCUGUCGCCGCUGUCUGGAGAGCAUCCUGUGCUCGCGCCGCGAGCUGCGCUGCCCGGAGUGCCGCAUCCUGGUAGGCUGCGGCGUGGACGAGCUCCCCGCCAACAUCCUGCUGGUGCGCCUGCUGGAUGGCAUUCGCCAGAGGCCCCGCGCUGGCGCCAGCCCCGGAGGCAGCCCUCCCGCGCCCUCUGGCCCCGGCUGGGGGGCGGCCUCCGAGCUUGCGGGUGGCGGGGGCCGUGCGAUGGGCAGCGCCCCGGGCUCGCCAGUUUUCCCUUUGGAGGCUGGCAGUCCGCACGAGCUGACCACCAGCAGAAACGCGCCCCUGGCAAAGAAUCCUUCCCAGCUUCCCUGUGGCAAAGCCCUCUACAGUUACGAGGGGAAGGAGCCUGGUGACCUCAAGUUCAACAAGGGGGAUGUCAUCAUCCUGAGGCGCAGGGUGGACGAGCACUGGUUCCACGGGGAGCUGCGUGGCGCACACGGCUUCCUGCCCGCCAGCUAUGUGCAGUGCCUCCGGCCCCUGCCGCCCGUCCCUCCCCAGGGCAAAGCCCUAUAUGACUUUGAGAUGAAGGACCGAGACCAGGACCAUGACUGCCUGACCUUCACCAAGGAUGAAAUCCUGACUGUGAUCAGAAGAGUGGAUGACAACUGGGCAGAGGGAAUGCUGGGAGACAAGAUUGGAAUUUUCCCCCUCCUGUACGUUGAGCUCAAUGACUCGGCCAAGCAGCUUAUUGCAAUGGACAAGUUCAGCCCAGCUGUUGUGUCUGACUGCCAUGCCUCGUUACCCUCUGACCCCUGCGCAGUGGCCAGUGUGGCCCCAGGUGCCACUUUAAGCAACACAGGGGCAGUCAGUGCCUUUCAGCAGCGUGUGGACGGCAAGAAGAAUGCUAAGAAACGUCACUCCUUCACCGCAGUCAGCCUGACACACAGGUCCUCGCAGGCUGCCAGCCACAGGCAUUCCGUGGAAAUCAGUGCUCCAGUGCUAAUCAGCUCCAGCGACCCCCGGGCCACAGCCAGGAUCCGGGACUUGGUGCAUGUGUCCUGCAGUGCUCCCACCCAGGACUCCUCUUCUGGAUCCAGCCCAGCAGCUGAACAGCAGGACAUGGCUCCCAAAGGGCAGCUGCCUCUCAAUGUGUACCUGGCGCUCUACACCUACAAGCCCCAGAAGAGUGAUGAGCUGGAGCUGCGCAAAGGCGAGAUGUACUAUGUCCUGGAGAAGUGUCAGGACGGCUGGUUCAAAGGCACAUCCCUGAGGUCUGGGCUCUCUGGGGUGUUCCCAGGAAACUAUGUGACUCCUGCUUCCAGGGCUCCCUUAGGAGGGGCUGGGCCACCUGGAAAUAAUGUGGUUGGAGGGUCUCCACUGGCCAAAGGGAUGGCCACAAGCAUCCAUCCACGCAGUGGGAGUAUGAGCAGCCCUGCCACGGCCCUGAGAGCAGCCCUCCCCCUCACCACACCCCAGGCCCAGCACCAGGCAGCCUCUCUCCCAGUGGGCAGUUGUCUGUGGCACUCAGCAUCCCCAGCGGCUAGCCAGGCCCGGAGCACUGUCCCCACAGCUGCCCACUCCUCUGCUCAGGCUCAGGACCAACCAACCACCAUGGUGUCGCCCCUGUGCACCCAGAACUCCCCGUCCCGCUUGCCCACUGCCAGCCGCAGGCCCCACUCCACGGUGUCCCUGCAGCACCUCCACCAGCCCCCAGUGCAGACCAUUGGUGGCGCCCAGUGCCCCUGGCCAGCCAUCCCACUCACGUCAGCAGCAUCGGCUGUCACACCUCCCAAUGUCACUGCUGCCAACCUCAACGGGGAGGCUGGAGUGGGGACCGUCAGUGGCCUAUCUACAUCCAGCCCCACCAACGUGAGAUGCAAACCAGACGAGAAGAAAACUGAAAAGAAAGAGAAGAAGAGUGGGCUGCUGAAACUUCUAGCCGGGGCAUCCACCAAGAAGAAGUCUCGCUCCCCACCGUCCAUCUCUCCCACCCACAACUCCCAGGUGGCAGUGGACGCCUCGCUCCAGGGUGCAGUGGGGCUCGAAGUGUCCUCACUGUCCCUCCAUGGCCGCGCAGGGUCCUGCCCCAUAGACAGCAAGAUUCAGGGGGCGAUGGGGAUGGAGCCACUGCACAGAAAGACGGGCUCCUUGGACCUGAACUUCUCAUCCCCUUCCAGGCAAGCCCCUUUCUCCAUGGCUGCCGCCCGCCCUGAGCCCAAGCCAUUGCCCAGAGAAAGGUACCGUGUCGUGGUCUCGUACCCGCCCCAGAGCGAGGCAGAAAUAGAGCUGAAGGAGGGAGACAUUGUCUUUGUGCACAAGAAGCGUGAGGACGGCUGGUACAAGGGGACCCUGCAGAGGAACGGUCGCACAGGCCUCUUCCCAGGCAGCUUCGUCGAGAGCUUCUGAGGACAAAGUCUCCACACUCCACUCACCAGGGAGGAAGGCCUUCCAGGAAGCCCAAGGUGCAAGGAGAGGGCCACCACUCCCCAAGGUCUCAGGUCCCUUCCAAGGCCCCCGCAGGGGUGUGGAGGUCGUGUCUUCAUCCCCAACUCCCAACCAAGAGCACAUCUUGGGGUUGUUCUUGGAUGAGAAGCCUGCCACUCCGUGUGAACUUUAGAGAAGUGAGUUAGGAGGAGGAAGCUGCUCCUUGAGUCCCCUAGGUGCUCCCCAAGGGGCUCACUGUGUAAGGCUGCCUGCGGGCACAGAAUGUCUUCACAGGCUGUCUGGGCUGUGGGUGGGGUCCAAAUUGCUCUCUUUAUUACCUCAGUCGCCUCCACCUGCCCAGCCCUGGGAAGCCUGGCUGUGCUGCCUGUGGGGCUCCCAUAGCUCCCAUGGCUGCUCCCCAUCAGCAUUGGGAACAACACUUCUGAUGGCCACUGCCCUUUGCUUUGCUUCUUUCUCACAUCUUUUUAAUAUAAAGCUAUUAGACUUUAUAUAUUUAUAAUCGGUCAUACAUUGCCUAUUUUCAUACAUCUGGUGCUGCCUUUUUGUAAUGACUUGGUUGAGUUUGAAAGAAAAAAAAUGUCCGAGGAAACAUCAAAUGGGCAUAAUUUUUAUAUUUACUAUAUAAACUUUAGAGAAUUUUGGAAAUCCCACAUUCUCAACACCACAAUGCCCUGAACCACAGGAUAAGAGGGAAUCCAUUUAGGAGAUUCAAGGGAGUUUGGAAAAAGCCAAUUUCUUUGAAUCUUUACCAAAGCCCAAAGCUCUGUCUAGGCAGCGUAAUUGUUACUCAAGAACAUGCAACUUCAGGAAAAGUGGCUAUAAUCGCCUUUUGUGUGGCAAUGAAAGUGGACCCUAACCUGGAAAAGCGGAAUUUCCCUCUUAUUUUUUUAACUAGAGUGACAACAAUUCAUUUUAUCAAACUAUGAUUUUUAACUAUUGAAAUGUGCAGUUUUUAUCCCAGUUCAGAUGUAAACCUCCACAAUUUAUAAGACCUGGUAAAGGUUUUCCUUUUUAUAAUGCACUAGAGGCCCCGUGUACAAAAUUCGUGCAUGGGCAGGGGUUCCUCAGCCCGACCUGCACCCUAUCCAAUUUGGGACCCCUUGGGGAUGGCCA